AUGGCUGAAGGAAGAAACCGAGCAGAUGUCGAGGGCGUCGAGCUCGAAUACGCCGAGCUCAUAGAGCAGACAAAGAAUUUGGACAUUUCAGGGUCUGAGCUGAAUUUGAAUGUGACUACUGAGGAGGUGGAAGAGGCAGCAGCAGCGGCAGCAGCCGCAGAGUCUCUACCUGAGAUGGAGCCUGUGGAAUUGGAAGAUGUGUCGGUGGAAGUCUCAGAUGCACAGUAUGAGGUGAUUAAAUAUCCAUUAAAUAUGGACGAGAUUAUAAGCAUGAAGGCAGGGCCUGGUUCAGGUAAGACAUUUACCCUUAUGGCUAGGAUAGCGCGUCUUAUAGGGAAGGAGAUUGUCAAGCCGAGCGAGAUCUUGGUGCUUUCCAUGGCCAAUCGGUCGGUGAGUGCUUUAAAAAAGCACUUGGAGAAACUAUUGGGGGCCGAGCUUGCUUCUCAGGUGGAGAUAUCUACGUUCCACUCGUUCUGUGGCUCGGUGGUGGACCAGUACGCUCAGGUCAUUGAUCCUAAUUUACCAAGAAGACGACUUCUAGAUCAAGCAGGCUGGAGAAGUGUUGCUGAAUUCUUUCUGCAAAAGACUGUGGUGCUCAAUGGGCAUUCAAUUGGAGCAACGCUUUCUCCUGCUAGGUUCGAUAAGCUACUUACUGAGAUCGCCAAUGGCACUACUACCACACAAGAAGCUGCAGAAGCUAACAAAAUCCCGGUUGAUUACCUUGAAGGCAUCUUUCAAUAUAUGACUUCCCACGGGAUGAUGCGGUAUAACGAUCUUGUCACCCUUGCACUCAACGUGAUGGAUAAGUCGCUUGAACGAGGGACCGAUGACUACCUUCUACCUCGUAUUGCUACCUACAAGAUGGUAGUUGUGGAUGAGUUUCAGGAUAUGUAUCCUUUGCUUUUGUCGGUCAUUAAGGCUGUGGUUGGAUACCCUACAUUUGAGUGUGAACCAUCGCUGAAGAAGAACUUGAUUAUAGCCGGUGACCAAAAUCAAAGCAUCUACGAGUUUCUCGGCUCUAGUCCCGACUCUAUGGAGAAACUCGAGGCGCAGCUUCCAGAUAUGAAGGUGACGGAAUUGCCCUUGAAUGAAUCAUUUCGGUGUAGCCAGGAGAUCUUGGAUGCCGCUAUCGUUGCUUCCUUCAACAAAGAGAACACAGGUGAAAACACUAUCAAAUCAAUGAAACCACUUCCGAAUAUCACAAAGCCAGUGGUAUUCACAGAGAUCAGAGGAGACGAACAUAGUAUGGUUGCUGACGAGAUUGUAAGGCUCAUCUGUUGCCUGGGAGGCCUCAUUAACCCUCGAGACAUCGCUGUGCUCACAAAGACGAACGCUGAAGCAGUAAAAAUGCAACAUGUUCUCCGAACAAAUUACGGAAUUGAAUGCACAAAGAUAUCACAGGGUAAUGUUUGGACUCUGUCGAGGGUUAGGUUGUUCAGGGAUAUUUUAAGUGUGAUAGAAGGCGACGCAGACUCAAGUUUCUGCCUCCUAAACCUUCUUAGGAUCUUAGACACUUCCUCAGGAGCCUCUCAAAGGGCGUCUAAGCUAUUCAGUCGGGCCAUGGCAAUGGAGAAUUCACACGAGCACACUUUCUUUGAAGAUUACUUAUAUUCUAAUCUUUCAGAAGACAAGGACUUUGACUCCUUGUUCAAAAAUCAUUACAGCUCGUUGAAGAACAUUGCAGCAUUUCUAAACCAAGUGCAAAAGGAAAGACAGAUUCUUCACGACUACUAUUCACUUGGCUCAAUGACUUACAUGCCCUUGGCUGUCGUGGAAUGUUUACAGAGAAUAUCAGCUCUUGACGGUAUUCGGGAAUUUAUCAACGGUUCAGACAGCUUGCCACACCGUGUAAUACUCGUCUCUUUCAACGAGUCUUUACACUAUUGUUUUGAAACGUACUUGGCUCAAAAAGAAGUCCAGGAUCGAACAUUCAUCGAGUACUUUCUUCAAAACUAUGAUCAAGAAAUUCCCCCAACAAACGAAAACCUGAUUCAAGUGCUGACUAUUCAUUCUGCAAAAGGCUUGGAGUUCCCCAUUGUUUUCGUGCUUGGAGGAUACAGUAACAGUUGGCAAUCAUUUCUCAGAGGGGAAGGGGAAGAAUCAUCCGGUCAAGCAAGACUUCUUUAUGUCGCUAGCACGAGAGCUAAAGAUCUACUCUACUUGAGCAGUCCGAUCAGUCAGGAAGAUUUAGACGGAAAAGUAAAGAGAUGUUUCGCCACCAGGGUUCCGGACCUUGAAAUUGACACAAACCAAGCAAUUGCUACUGGAAUCCAGAAUCUAAAAAUACAAGCGGCCUCCUCCAUUGGCAAUCUGUCGAGCGCCUUAUUAUCCCGCCUACUGAGCGAUCUCGGACGGCCUCUUCCCCUCAACGACAAGUUGAGCCGAGGCAAAGAAUACUACCGAAUUUUCCAACAACAAAGAAACUACCAUUUUGCGAACUACCAGCAGUUGGCAAUAAAAUCACUUCUGCAAAAUACCAAGGCGCUAUUGCGUAAGCUCAAGCCUUAG